CUAGUAUGGCUGAGAGAUGUUUAACAGUCAGAUUUUAAAGAUUAUCACUAGCCUGCAAGCCGCUCCCGCCAUGUUCCGCGGCUUUCCAGCGUGCCGCUUGGGUGCCACAUGUGUGAUCCGCCCCCUCCGCCUGCCCGCAUGCCACAGACCCGCGCAUGUGGCAGGGGUGGCGCAGGUGGUGCGGGUGGCACGGCCCGUCCCCGGGCUGAUUGAGCUGAUCAAGGGGAAUCGCGAGGGUGAUGCAGAGGCAGCGGUGCAAGGGGCUGAGGUGAAUGACAUGGAUGAGUUCGGGUCCACACCUCUGAUUUUGGCCGCGCAGCGGGAUUGGGCGCAGGUGGUCGCAGAGCUCUUGGGGUGUCCCGGAGUGGAUCCAAACCACCAAAACUUGUUUGGCAGCACCGCGCUGAUUUGUGCCGCGGCCAAUGGGUAUAUCAGCACCCUGAAUGAGCUCCUCAAGGAUGAGAGGGUGGAUUUGGAGGUGGCCACUCGGCUGGGGCAGACGGCGCUCUUCAAGGCGGUGCUCUUUGGGCACAUGAACACCACGGAGCGGUUGGUGGAAGCGGGCGCCCAGUCAGAGGUGACGAACAAGAUGGGGCAAACCAUCCUUGAUGUGGCCAAAGAUGAGCACAAGGAGCAUGUCCAGAGGCUGUUAGCGCAGAAGACACAAGAUCUUAGGUGAGGAGGAUUGAUCCAAAGGCAGUGUCAGGCUCGAGUUCCAGCCUGCCAGGGG